GCUGUACGACGCUACGUCGAAAGAAUAUUUAAAUAUUAAAUAGAAAUAAAUGAUUUGGCUGGAUAUAUGAAGAAAAUUAAAUAUGAGUGCUAAGAAUAAGUGGAAGAAUCUGAAAGAUUCUUUUCGAAAAUCCAAGAAGGAUAACGUAACGAGAAGCGGUCAAGCUGCAAGUACAACAAAGGCGUACAAAUACGCAAAAGUUUUGGAAUUUUUAGAGCCGCAUAUGGCACUGUGCCGCACAAUAUCUAAUUUAUUAGACGUCCCAAGCGACAGCGACGAAUCCAACAGUGAAGAACAACUCAGAGAGUGGCAGCGACGAAGCCAGGACGUUGGGUGUAAAUAGCCAAGUCGGCAGCGGCAAACAAUGAUUGCAAAGGAAAGAAGAAAAAACAAACUUAAGAAAGAGGAAUGUUAUGAUAGCUUUGGAUCAAUUGGAAAAUCUUUGCCAAACGAGAAUAACAAAAAAGAAAAUGCGACGCGAAGAAAAUGAAAAAGAUCUUCGUCGUGCACACGCAAAAUCGAUCCUCGCGGGAUAUAAGCACCUAUCGGAUGCGCGUUGGAUGGAGACGAAGGAGAAAAUUCGAGCCAUCCUAGAUGAUAG